AAAAUCUCCUAAAAAUGCAUUUCCCACCCCAAAUAAUGGAAGAAAUCCCCAAAAAGGCACCCCAAUGGGGAUAUUUAAUGCUUUUCCGGGGUAUUUUCAGUGGAAAAUAACGAUGAAAAUUGGAGUGAAAAAUGCCAUUUGUCCACGAAGGGGAAAUACGUCCCACCAUACGGCAAUAGUGGGGGAAAUCGAGUGAGCAUCGCGUAAAAAGCCGCUAUCGAGCGGGAGAGCAGCACAGUUUUCAGUGAGUCGUUGUAGCGUGCGGAAGAAAGUUCGUGUCUGUUCGCAAAACUUAAUUUGAGAUCUUUGAAAAAACCCAAAAAAAAAUCAAUCAAACAUGAGGGAAAUCGUGCACAUUCAGGCUGGACAGUGCGGCAAUCAGAUUGGCGCUAAGUUCUGGGAGAUUAUCUCCGAUGAGCAUGGUAUUGAUGCCACUGGAGCCUACCAUGGUGACAGCGAUUUGCAACUUGAACGUAUUAAUGUGUACUACAAUGAGGCAUCUGGUGGUAAAUACGUUCCACGUGCCGUUCUCGUUGAUCUCGAGCCCGGUACGAUGGAUUCCGUACGUUCCGGACCAUUCGGUCAAAUCUUCAGACCAGACAAUUUUGUCUUUGGACAAUCCGGGGCUGGUAAUAAUUGGGCCAAGGGGCACUACACCGAAGGUGCUGAGCUCGUUGACUCUGUUUUGGAUGUGGUGCGAAAGGAGGCUGAAUCAUGCGAUUGCCUCCAGGGUUUCCAACUUACCCACUCACUCGGUGGUGGCACUGGGUCUGGUAUGGGGACGUUGCUGAUCUCAAAAAUUAGGGAAGAGUACCCAGACAGAAUUAUGAACACCUACUCAGUUGUACCCUCACCCAAAGUCUCCGACACCGUUGUCGAGCCCUACAAUGCCACCCUGUCAGUCCAUCAGCUCGUGGAGAAUACCGAUGAGACGUACUGCAUUGACAAUGAGGCCCUCUAUGACAUUUGCUUCCGCACACUGAAGCUGACGACACCAACAUAUGGUGAUCUCAAUCAUUUGGUCUCACUCACAAUGAGCGGCGUGACGACGUGCCUGCGCUUCCCGGGUCAGCUGAAUGCUGAUCUGCGUAAGUUGGCCGUGAAUAUGGUGCCGUUCCCGCGACUUCACUUCUUCAUGCCCGGCUUUGCGCCACUCACAUCGCGUGGUUCGCAGCAGUAUCGCGCCCUCACCGUACCCGAGCUCACGCAGCAGAUGUUCGACGCCAAGAACAUGAUGGCCGCUUGCGAUCCACGCCAUGGGCGCUACCUCACCGUGGCAGCCGUCUUCCGUGGACGUAUGUCCAUGAAGGAGGUGGAUGAGCAAAUGCUCAACAUUCAGAACAAGAAUAGCAGCUACUUUGUCGAAUGGAUCCCCAAUAAUGUGAAGACAGCCGUUUGCGAUAUUCCACCACGUGGUCUCAAGAUGUCCGCCACCUUCAUUGGCAAUUCCACCGCCAUUCAGGAGCUCUUCAAGCGCAUCUCUGAGCAAUUCACCGCUAUGUUCAGGCGCAAGGCUUUCUUGCAUUGGUACACAGGUGAGGGUAUGGAUGAGAUGGAAUUCACCGAAGCUGAGAGCAACAUGAAUGACUUGGUCUCCGAAUACCAACAAUACCAGGAGGCAACAGCUGAUGAGGAUGCUGAAUUCGAUGAGGAGCAGGAGGCUGAAGUUGAGGAGAACUAAAUUUUUCCGACUACCUAACUAAACAAACAAAACAGCAAAGAAAGAAGAAAAAACAAAACUGGAAGCUGUCCAAGCGAGGUGGGAAUGUGUAAGAUUUUUUCGAAUAAUUCCUUGCAAAAUUGUCUCUUUGUUCUCUGCCAUUAAUGGUUAAAAAAAAAAAAAGGAAAAGAAAAAAGGAAAUGAAGUAAUGAAAAAUUGAUGAAAAAAAAUGAAUUUCACUGCCCACGAAGAAAUUUAUGAAAAAAAGAAAAAUAUUUUUUAAGAGAAUGAACGCUUGAUACAAAUCCCAUUCCCUCACUUGAAUUUUUUUUGUACGUUCCCUCCCACACAGGAUCCCAAUUCAUCCAUAUUUCUGUUACAUCCCUUCGAAUGUUUUUUUGUUCUAUUUUAGUUUGUCCAACUCUCCAAUCAAAUGUUUUAAAAAUAAUUCCCAAAAAUGUCCACAUUUUUUUCUCAUAUUAAAAAAAAAGAUUUGUCUUUUUGUCCAAUCGGAUUUUUGUUGCUCACAAAGUGAAAAGAAAAAAAAAACGGAAAGAAGUUAAAUUGUAGAAUUUAAGCAUUUUAAAUUUAAAAAUAAAAAAAAGCUAAUUGAGCCGCUUCCGAGUCGAAUUGAUGUAACAGAAUGUGAAAUAAAGGUCUCAAAAAACAUUAACAAAA